AUGACUGCCGUGACCAAGUUCUUGGCCUUUGCUUCUCUGGCUAUGGUCGCCGUCGAGGCCGCUGCCAUCCAUCCUGCUGCCACUGCCGGGUCGACUGUUCGCGUUCACAUGAACGAUUCCAUGACUUUCCCACCACCCGGCUUCACCUUGGUAGACACGCAGUGGAUGGUUGAGAUCCGGCCGGGCGAGAAGAUCCAGCUAAACGGCACCGUCGAGUCGGUCUACGCGAAAAUGCUGCAGCUCAACCCGGACUUUGAAAAGGACAUGGCUGAGAAGACGGCAGCGAGGCGCGCGAGGGAGCAGCAGCACCAGACCAGCACGCUGAGCAAGCGUGACCACAACGAGUGCAACGGCGACUACCGCCCGGCAUCGGCCGAGUCCAUCAGCAGAGGCAUUGAGUACCUCCGAAAGGUCAACGGCGAGCCCAUCAUUGACGGCGGCACCUGUGGCCGUGUCAGCUGCGGCAGCGGUGGUGGUAUCGGAUGGUGUAGCUAUAGGAAUGACCGCUACACGGUCAACUCGUUUGGCUGGAUCGGCAACGCUGCCGAGAUCGUAGUUCAAGACUGCUCGUUCCCGGACAUGUACGGCAAGGAUUGGGUUGCCGGACGGCGUUAUCAUGACGCCAACGUCGCUGUUUGGGUUGGCUCCCAGCAGUGUUGAGAACACCCCAUUGCAGGACCUUCUUUGACGAGCUUUUGGAUCGCUCCUGGCUUUCCGACGGCGGUC